AUGAGUUACUUCCUGUCUUACUGCAAAGCUCAUGGCGGCUCGCUGCUCACCGGGUACCAGGCCCUGCGCGCCGAGGGCUUCCUGUGCGACGUGACACUGGAGGCCGAAGGCAGCGAGUUCCCUGCGCACAGGUCGCUCCUGGCGUGCUCCAGCGACUACUUCAGGGCCUUGUUCAAGAGCCACACGCGGGAAUCCCAGGCUCGAGUGAUCCACCUGCACGUGCCUUCCGCGGCCGGCCUGCAGCGCCUGCUGGACUUCAUCUACACUGCCUGGCUGCCGCUCUCCAUGGACACCGUGGAGGAUACUCUGGAGGCUGCCAGCUACCUGCAGGUCACCGAGGCCCUGGGCCUGUGCGGCCGCUACCUGGAGCGACAGCUGGCCCCGGAAAACUGCUGCUUUGCCGCCAACGUGGCUGCACGCUUUGGCCUGGCGCACACGCUGGACGCAGCCGAGCGGUGCGUUGUGCGCCACCUGCGGGAGCUGCUGGCAAAGGGCGCGGGUCCCGCAGGGCUGCUGGAGCUCAAUCCUGCGUCGCUGAGGGCCAUAUUGGGUGCCUCCGAGGUGGCGCGGGUGCCAGAGGCCCGGCUGCUGGGCCUGGCGCUGGCCUGGCUGCGGCAGGAGCCCGCGGCGGAGCGCUUGGCUCACUGCACAGCUCUGCUCGAGCGCAUCCGCUUCUGCCUGGUGCCCGCCAACCUCUUGCGGCGCAUGUACUCGGGCUCCGGCCUCACGCUGCCCACCCGCAUCAAGGGCCUCAUCAUCCAAGCCCUCAAUUACCACACGGCGCCUUCCCGCCAGCCGCUAUUGCAGGGCGAGCAGACCAGCGUCCGGAGCCCCCAGACGCGCAUCUUGUUGAUUGGGGGGCGCAGGACGCGGGAGGCCAUGAUGGAAGAGAUUGCAGCUCCCCGGGAGGCAGCUAGGGGCCGGGGCGCUGUGGCAGAGCCCGAGGAAGAAGCAGAAGAGCAGGAGCAGGAGGGAGAGGAAGAGUUGGAGGAGGAGAAGGAGUGGGAACUCACUCAGGAAGUGGUGGCCUUCGACGUGUACAACCACCGCUGGCACAGCCUCACGCAGCUGCCCGCACCACUGCUGGGGCACAGCGUAUGCACCCUGGGCAACUUCCUGUUUGUCCUAGGCGGGGAGAUCCCUUCAGGCAGUGCCUCCUCUCCCCUGGCCGAUGGCCCACGGACGGUCACAGCCCAAGUGCACCGAUACGAUCCACGUUCUCACGAUUGGACCACUGUGCCUGCGAUGCGCGAAGCGCGGGCCUACUUCUGGUGCGGCGCUGUGGGUGAGAGUCUCCUGGCCGUCGGGGGCCUGGGCGCAGGCGGUGAGGCGCUGGCCUCAGUGGAGAUGUAUGACUUGCGCAGGGACCGCUGGGCGCCAGCCGGUGUCCUGCCGCGGGCGCUGCAUGGCCAUGCGGGGGCCGUCGGGGAGCGCAGCGUCGUGUACAUCUCUGGGGGCAAAGCAGGGAGAGGUGAAGGAGGUGCGAGCAGCCUGCGGGACUUGUACGCCCUGGGCCCUGGGGAGAAGGCAUGGAGCAAAAGGGCACCUAUGGGCACCGCCCGCUUUGGGCACCACCUGGCGGUACUACGUGGCAAAGUGUUUGCCUUUCUGGGGCAAUUUGAGCCCUUCUCGGAGAUUGAACGCUACGACCCUGAUUCUGACCAGUGGACUCGGUUGCGGCCACUACCCUAUGACCGGUUCUGCUAUGGGCUGGCUGUGGUGGAGGAGACAGCGCUGCUGCUGGGAGGCCUCAAGUGGCGGGAAUCCCGCCAGGUGCCUACCCGCAAUGUGGUGGGCUAUGACCUUGACCUGGACCGGUGGGAGGACAUAGGCUGUGUGCUGCCCUGGGCCUGGAGUGGCCUGCAGUGCGCGGUGCUGCAGCUGGCUGACGGUGGGGACGUGGAGAAGGACGGAGAGCUUAGAGAGGCGCUUGAUUUAGCACUGGGCUAAAUGAGUUAGUGCAGUCUCCAGGCCACAGAGGAGAAAGUUCUGCUUGACUUGGGCUUUUCCAAGAGUGGGCCUCUGGGAGCACAGUGGCUUCUGAAGGGUAAGGAGGCGAGGAGACCUUGGCCAGAGACGAAUGGUUCUCCUUGAACUGAGAAUGCGGAACGGGAUAGGUCAAAUGGAAGAAUACAUAAUUCAACUGCAGUGAGCUGGUGAUUUUUAAGUCUCACGCUGGGCUAGAGAUGGACUUUCAAAAAGAUAAAAUGAUCUUAUUUUCCCUCUUAAAGUGUUUCCCUUGGUACUAAA